AUGGUUAACGAAAUGUUGCCCCGAUUUUAUGUAAGAUUGGAUCAUGCCUUUGGUUUCCUGGCGGUGCUGUUGUUUACCAUCAGCAGAUCUUUAGAGGUGAGCUGUUCUUCCUUCCGUUUUGAUUCGUUUAGUUAGUUCAGGUCUUGCAACAGAUGAGGGGAAACCCAACCCAGGAAUAUGUAUACUGCAUGGCUUAUUUUUUUAAUUCCUCAGCAUGGGAAACGUUUCGAUAAUCUUGAUUAUACCGAGGAUUGUUCUCAUUUCUCUAACUUAUGAUUUGCGAUAAUACAAACGUUUUGAGGGUUAAACAUGGAUUUUAUUUUUCUCUGUGACUGCGUUGAGAGCGAAGUGGACCAACUUAGAUGCAUGGCAUGUUCAUGAACCGUUUUGUCUAAAGAAGCACGCACGGACGAUUAGAGAUUUUAGCAGCUCUCACAAGACAUUUUCCAAUCGAACUCUACGCAUGAUUUUCGUUUCCAUUCACAUGAGAAGGCAUCUAAACAUUCUCAGAUAUUUUCAGUGGAAGGUCAGAUACUUUGCAAACUGUGAUUUUAAAAUACCCAGAAAUGAGCGUGCCCUAGAAGUCUUGAUUUAUCUUUUAGGAAAAGUCAUUUCAAUCAAACUAUUACAGAAAAUUCCAUUGCAGUCGAAGACAUGAAAAUCUAAUUUGUUUAGACAGACUUGUGAUCAAGUGCAUUCCUUUGAUGAUUUAUUUAUUGAACCCUUUCGGAGAAGAAUUCCAUCUAAGUCAUUUCGGAGUUCUUAUCAAGACUGUCAGAAAUUAAGUCAAGAUUGUAUCCGCUGGGUUGAUAUUCAAUGAUAUUUAGUUCCAGAGAGAUUUUAAGUGUUUAUUUUACUUAAACAGUUCAGUUGAUUUUUUCUUUUUCGUGCUUUGCCCGGUGUACAGCCAAAAGCUACGAGUCGGAUCAGACAGAUUUUUACAGAAUUCUUCAUCCAUUUAUACCAGUUUUUUAAACAUGCUCCACAUUUUCAAUUGUCUGGUUUUCUUCUUAUCCAGAAUCCUGAUAUCCAAUCUGAUAAAUGGAAUUCGCAAGUAGAAAGUUAUGAAUCAGCCAUUUGGGAAAGGAGACCUUCAGUGCGUAAGGGAAGACCACCGGGUUAGUGAGCUGUUUUUGACUUGCAGCGGGAAUCUCAACGGUGGAUGUCCUUUGAUCCACCUUGGUUGAUAAAAUUGAUAUAUUGCAACAACGCCAACAUAUUCGCGCCAGGCAACACACACCAUUCCAACAAAACUCAUCUGAUCGACUCUUAAAGGACUGAUAAAGACCCUCCUUCCUUAACAUAGCUCAUAGGUGAAUAUCCAAAACAGAUUUAGGACCCGACGAGAGUCAGAUUUCACUCAACUGUAUAAAAUACCUCCAGGCCUGAAACAGCUCGUUGUAAUGCUGGAUUCCCCAUAUCUCAGCGGGAGAUUUUCAAAUCCGAGGAAGGCGAUAAAAAAAACGUCACGAGAAAAGAAUGAAUUUUCAGGGUCCUUAGUCACCAGCAUGCUUCUUCCCAAGAGUUUCUUCUUGUGUUUGGGAUUUCAUUUGUUGGAUUCGAGCGUUUUGAUCCAAACAUUGUAUAGAUUCUAUAUGUCCGAUUCGCUCACUUGUUCUGCUUUCGUUCGCAACACGAUACAUCGCCUCAAGCCAUAAUCAUUUCCCAGGCUUUAAUCCCGCGCCUACCACUCGACAUAGCCUCAUUUGAGGGGCGAGUGCGGGUUAUCAACUGACCGAAAGCGUAGUUUUCGUCCUUUCAGACUUAAGGUUAGAUUUUACGAAACUGGAGAAGCCAAAUGAUAGGGAUAGUCAACACACGUGGGUUUACUAAAAUACAGUUGAAUCGGUUGUUUUAUAUAUUAGACAUUUUGCAUUUUCACACUUCUCGCAAAAUCACCAACCUUUCAUGGCAAGUGAAACGCAUGGCAAAAGAUUCCGGCUAGUUAUUUCUGUCUUAGUUAAAGUUGCCAUACUUUGACAGGUUGCUGCCCUCCUGAAUUGUACCUUGGGUUUGAAAACAGCACUUCAUACAGUGAUCAUGACAAUCGUGUCACAAGUGUUGACGCACCCUGCAGCAAUUACGCCGACAUGGAUCUACAACAGGUUCAAUUUAGGAGUGUUAAGCUGGCAAAGAUGACUGAUGCGAUCACAAUUGCCGUCUGGGUUAACUUGCAAACCAUCCAGGGCAUUCAGCCAAUUCUGGUCGUAAGAGGACAACAUGGCGAGCUUCGAUUUGAGGUUGCUGAAGGUCACGUUACUUGGUUACACACCGCUUUUCGUCCACCAAUAGCAACAUUUGCGCUGAUAAGCAAUAAACCAGUUGUGGAAACUCAAUUGUGGACACAUAUCGUAGCGCUAUAUGAUGCUCACAACAAUCGUGCUGCGGUAUUUGUGAAUGGGAAGGAAAUACUUCAGGGCCCUAGUGCUGGUGGAUCAUUGGAACUAACGUGGAAUGAAUUCCAUGCUAUUGGUAGAUAUAGAGUCAACAAGGUACUAGAGUUUAAACUGAGAGGGCUUCUUGACGAGUUCUACAUCUACUUCUGUGCUCUUCCAAACAUGGUUAUUCAAAGAUUUUUUCGAAUGUGCCACAUUGGUGGAAAAUGCGCACCCUCACGACCAGGUAAUUAAGUUUUAAAUCAUUUCGUCAACAAUCUCUGAUGUCUCUGCAAACGUCAGUAAGUAUAAACCUUGUAAUCACUCCUCUCACCUUUACCCCAAUAUAGCGGAGAUAUCUUUCCGAGCUGAUCUUUUUCAUGGUACAAAAAGGAAACUGUACAAGAAUACAUCUUAAUUGCGGAGCAGAAAACCGACUGAAAGAGCCUUUAAAUAUUAUUCAUCCGCUAUAAUUUUUCCUAGGUCUCGAUAGGGUGUGUGAUGUCGGUGCUUUCCUUUGUUGGAAUAGACGAUGCAUAAGGCAAGAGUGGAAGUGUGACGGCGAGAAUGAUUGUGGAGACUGGAGUGACGAAAUUGGAUGUGGUUGGUUCUACUUUCACUAAUUUUUUCAUUUUUCGUAUGUAGAGCUACGGUAGGUUUAGUUUCAUGUCUCCUCCUGCUCAUGAAGUAGCAAGGUUUCUGAGCGAAUUUGUCGGCUACAAGAAAAGAACCUUCAAUGUUUCACCACCUCAUCUCAUCCAAUCGUGUUUCCGUGAUCAAUUGGGCUAGAUGAGAUCAAGAUAUAGCAAAGCUGAUUGACAUUCCUUAACAAACAACAGCAUCAUGAAGUUACUCGAUGCAAGAGGAUUUUUUUCUCGUAUCAUGAUGACGAUGAUUUAAAAUUUUACCAACAGAUGGUUUUUGUGCCCCUGGCGAGAAAUUCUCUGUCUUUCAAGGACGAUGUACGUUGUGCUUUUGCAUGGGACGUUCUCAGAAUUGUAGCAGUGCAAACGUGUACCGCGACAGGGUAGGUCAAAAAACUUGGUGUUAACUUAAGAAUUUGGUUGCGAGGAAGCAAGUGUUUAUCGUGAUAUGCCUCACUGAUACGCAUUUUAUUAAAUACUUUCCUUCCUUGAGUAAUGUUUGUCUUUAUCCAGAUCACUCUAAAAUUAACGACCGAUAACCGUCCAACUAAUGUGCCACUGGUGGGUGUGGAUGGAUCUCAAGUGUCCGGUAUUACCUAUACUCUUGAUAGCUUAAACAAUGAGCUAUCGGCCCAUAGUACGUCGAAGGGAAGAGUACAUUUCUGGGCUUUGCCAAAAGAAUUUUUGGGCAACAAAGUAAGUUUAAGAUUAUAUGAUUGUGAAUAUAUGUGAACUGCGAAUAUUCAUGUAUGAUUACAGUUUGAAUUGUCUUUUAUGUCACAGCGUUGACUUAGCACAUUUUCUUGCUUACAGGAUUGUUUUCUUUCAUUCUGUAUCUUUGCUGUAUUCAAGAUUAUACGAAAAAAAUGAAAAUUGUCGGUUUCGCCUCUAGCGAAUGAGAAAAUUGGUAGCAAUGGUUGAUUGUAGAGAAUUAAAUAGAGCUGGCUCUGUAAAGAUACACACCCUUAUUAAGGUUUGAAUUGCUUUUUUUAUCGAAGCUGACAAGUUAUGGCGGAAAACUACGUUACGCUGUCAAGUACCUCAGUGGUAAUGCGUCGACGGAUACUGCAAAUGUUCCAUCGAGACAAGUGAGAAGUGCAGAAGAAAUUCUUACCAUUAAGUCCUUAAUGGAAGAAUAUGCCACUGGUGAUGUCCGUGACGUAGACGACAAUAACAUUGACGUUGACACCGACGCCUCUGGAACAGAGGACCCUUCUUUGGAUAUGUCAGAACAUAUGUCGUCUACUAUUUCGACGCAGUUUACAUCUAGAAGCAGUAGAAUUAAAGAAAUUCCUUUUAUUUUACCCGAAACUAACGCAACGUCAAAACACACUAUUAGUACGGAUGGCUCUAGAAACGUUACAGAGAACCCUGGAGCUUCAACUGCAGCGAUAAAAUUCUCAACCGAACGAACACGAACACAACGUCCAUCACCACCAACCAUACACACAGGAAACAUUUUGAUAACAGAAAAUGUAGAAACAACACCUACUGUAGAGGUUGACAGAGACACCAACUUAAAUACUGCUUCGGAAGAUGGAGGAACAACAAAGAGAGUUUUUAGUUCAGUUCCUUCUAAGUCAGAGCUGCCGGUAACUACCGCAACUCAACUGACGAUGGGGAAAACUCUACCAUUUCAGACCACUCAAGAAACUUCUGAUCGAUUAAUUGCGAAAUUGACACCAGACCCCUCUCUCACAACAUCGAAUCCUUGGCCUGAAAGUCGCAAAGAAGCAACCCCAACUGUUUUCUUUUCAUCCUUGAGCACCCCGAAAUCUAUUUCGGAAGCAAUCGCAACUACUCAAAACACGUAUGACACAACAACGAAUGCGUCAAUAGGCAGUGAAAAAGCCAAAACAGCAUCCUCAACCUACAGCAGUGACAGUCCUUCAUUAGAAAUGGUGACAACAAUACCAGACAAGGCUUACACGACAUCUAGUAGGAUAUCCUCUAGUGACAAUUUACCAGAUACUAAUACUUAUCCCUCCGAGCCUAAUGCACCAAACAGUGGUCAAGAUGGGCCACCCACCAUCCUACCUUAUUCGACCUACAGCACUAGGGAUCCUGCUACUGAGAUGAGACCACCAGAAACGUUUUCCACUUCCACUAGUCGAGUCACCGAAAUAGAAGAGGACUCAACUAGUGCCGCGGCAGUGCCUUCCUCAGCCUACACUACCAUGGAGCCUAUUGAUCAUUCAUUCACAGAAAUGUCAAAAACUGCUCUCCACAAGACGGAUCACAUCAGCAUUGAGGGGGCUACUACAGAAUACGUUACAGUACCUCCAAGAAUGUCUGAAACGACAAUGAUAACAUCGAGUGGAGCUAAACAGGAAACGACAAAUACCGUAUCUGUUUCACCCGAUGGUACUGACGUUUCUACUUCGAGAACCGAUACAAAACCAAAUACGUUUUACAGUACUACUGAUGAAUCAACUAUUACCAAAAGCGAAACUGGUAUUAUAAAUUCUUCCCAAUUUUCUGUCAAAACCACUUCCCAUGGAAUUAGGUCAAUUUCAAGCCAGACGAAUGAUAACGAAGAUGCCACUACCACUGCAACAUCUCCUUUGGUUUACAGCAAUGAACAACUUUCUUCGGAAUCUUUGCCAUCUGUAACAGAUUCGUCUUUUACCAAAAUAUCACCGAACGGUGAAAAUGCAUUAACUACCUCAGAUCUUCCUACCGCCCAUAUCACACACCUGCCUACCACACAAAUACCAGAUACUUCUCAAACAGAGAGAGUAUCAGACACCGCUUACACAUUAACAACCUCAGUCGAUGAUGGAGAUGAAACCACUAACAUCCCGAGUUCUUCAGACUACAAAACUGAUGUUCCGUUUUCAAAAAUCGUGACAUCGAAAACAGAUCCUUCAUCCAUGAAAACCAGUGAAUCCACAAAUGUACAAUUUGAAACAAGUGCUACGAUGCCUCCUUUAUCCUUCAGUACUGAAAGACCACCAGAUGUAUUUCACGUAACAACGAAGAAAUCAACGGAUAGUCUAGAUGGACCUUCCACUGCCAGUGUACAUGUACCAAGUACUUCGUACAAAUUGACGGAUUCAUCUACCGCUGGCAAAGAUGAGGCAACUACUUCCAUUGAUCUAUCAGUUGUUAGUAGUGAAAGGCCAAGUGCCAAGAGAGAAAUGACUAUAGCACUUAAAACAGAUACAACUUCUGUCGAUGGUCAAGAUGAAACAACCUCUUCCUCUCCUUCUUCAGCCUAUAGCAAUAGCAUUCCAACCUCGGAAACCGGAAUAACUGGUACUGUAGAAGAAAUGAGCACCAACGUACCUCCUACGACGUACAGUUCUAACCAAAUAGCCACAGAAUACACCAAAACAGUACCAGGUAUAUCUUUCACAGAAAGAGGUGCAUCUACUGAUGGAGUAAAUGAAAAAAUCAUGACUGAAGUCUCAUCAUCCUACAUAAAGAAAGGACCACCCUCAGAAUCCUUAACAACCAAAUCAAGUGCCUCAAGCACAACAAUGGUUCCUGGUGAAGAUGGAUCAACCACUGGCUUGUAUCCUACAGCCCACAGUACUGUUGGGCUUACCUCGAGAACGACAACAAAGAAGCCAAAUAUAUCACCUUCAGACGUGGUAAUGGUCAAUGGUGGAGAUGGAUCGACCAGUAAGCCUCCUACUUCAGACUUUAGUACUGUAACUACUACCAUGGUAACUGAAUCAACGAUACCUAAUACGCUUUACACAAAAACGAAAGCCUCGACAGGUGAGAUUGAUGGAAGGGAUGAAAAGGCUACUGCUGCACCUGCCACAUUCCACAGUACCAACAGAGUCACUCGAACGAUGGCGACUGCAAUUUCAGAUGCAGUCUAUUCGAAAACGAUGGUAGUUACCACUAGUAACAAAAAAACAAUCGAUGAAACGGGGAAACCAACCUCAGAAUCCGUAUCCACAGUAUCUGGUACUUCUUCCACAGGUCCAAUAUCGGUCGAUGGUGAUGAUGAAACAACCCCUGAUGUGUCUCCCUCAGCCUACAGUACUGAUGUGACUACCUCGAGAACGGUAACAAACACACCGUAUACAGUAGCAGUUGAUGGCGAAGAUGUAUUGACCACUACCCUUCCUCCUUCAGGCCACGGUACUGACACAACAAUCAUGACGACUGUAUCAACAAUACCGGAAACAAUUCAUGCAUCGACGAAAGUAUUGACCGAUCAGACCGGCGCUACCGAUGGAAGAACCACUACCAUGCCCUCCACAUCCUACAGUACUGACAGAGCCAUUUGGAAAAAGUCAGCAACCUUUGCAAACGAAUUUUACACCAAAACGAUGGCAGCUACCAUUGGCGACGUAAUAACAGUCGACACAACGGAGAAGCAGACUACAGAAACCCUUACAACAGUAUCAGGUACGUUUUUUGCAAGUUCACCACUUGGUGGAGGCAGAGCAACCACUAGUGUGCCUUCUUCUGGCCAUAGUGCUCCUAGAAUUACCACGACGGUAACUAGACCGCUAAGUAUUCAGACAAUGAAGACAACAACUGCAGAUGCAACUAACGCGAAAAAGGUAAUGACCACCACGGAUUACGAAAAAACAACCACGGCUGCGUCUCCCGUCACUUACAGAAGAACCGGUGCUUCCUCGACAACAGUGACAAAAAUAGCAGAUAUGGCUCUAACAAAAUCAAGGUUAACGACCGGAACGGAUGAUGAGACCACCACAUCUGUGCCUUCUUCAGCCUACGGUACUUCCAAGACUACUUCCCAAACAACAUCGUCUGCCACGACAUCGACAGAAGAACCGUCGUCGCAGACAGAAACACAAGGUUGUGUUUAUUUAUUUACUCACAAAGUCGCAUACCAUUCAAUACCAUGAGCGUAUCAUAUUACAUCCCGGCUCUCUACCGUUCACGUCUUUUCUUUUAAACACUUCGGGUGGAUUCUAGUUUUAAAGUUGCCAGGCGACCGUGCAGAGAUAAAAAUUCUUUUCUAUGAAAUUAUAUCACUUAGAGCCCCCAAUUACUUUUGAAGUCAGUGGAAAUUUUUAUCCAGCAAAAAGCAUGUUUGUCACUAAGAAUUGUCCUUCCCAUUGCUUGUGUAAUGAAGUUGGGACCCUCAGUUGUGUUCGACGAUGUUCCUAUUUGUGAAGGUAACGAAAGGUAGCGAAAGAGAAUUAGUGUCGCGUACUUGUGAAAAGAAAAUUUGCUUCAGGGUAGAUGACAAAAGGGCCUAUCUAAUUUUGCUAAAGAACUUCACAAUGCCACCAUCAACACCAUGCGUUGGGCUAUUUUUUAUUUAAUAAUUUCUGUACAUGACACGUAAGCAGAUCUCCUCUUCCCUAACAUCUUUGAAAUUUUCGAUUCGUUGAUCAUUAUUGUUGAAUUUUUUAGCAGAUGUAACACCCUCAACCCCUGUAACUCAACCCACAGCCCCUCCACCUACUACGGCUGGGAAAGGA